CCAAGGUUUUUCUCAAAUGCCAGGAAUCGAUUAUGAUGAGACGUAUUCUCCAGUAGUUGAUGCUACUACUUUACGAUUUUUAAUUGGCAUGUCUGUUUUUGAAAGGCUGCAAAUGCGGUUAAUGGAUGUAGUGACCGCAUAUUUAUAUGGUUCACUCGAUACAGAUAUAUAUAUGAGAAUUCCUGGAGGCUUUAAAAUACCUGAUGCUUAUAGCUCGAAAUCUCGAGAUUUAUUUUCCAUAAAAUUGCAAAAGUCAUUAUAUGGAUUAAAACAAUCUGGACGCAUGUGGUAUAACCGUCUAAGUGAAUAUUUGAUUAAAGAAGGAUACAAAAAUGAUCCUAUUAGUCCAUGUGUUUUCAUUCAGCGAUCUGAAUCAGGAUUCGCCAUAAUUGCAGUAUAUGUUGAUGAUUUGAAUAUAAUCGGAACUUCCAAUGAAAUUGAAAAUACUGCUAAAUAUCUCAUGAAAGAAUUUGAAAUGAAAGACCUUGGGAGAACAAAAUUUUGUCUCGGCAUUCAAAUUGAACAUUUGAGAAAUGGUAUUUUUAUCCACCAAUCAAAUUAUACCGAGAAACCUUUGAAGCGGUUUUACAUGGAAAAAGCUCACCCACUCAAUUCCCCGAUGGUGGUUCGAUCUCUCAAUGUGCAUGAUGAUCCUUUUCGACCUUGUGAAGAUGAUGAAGAAAUCCUUGGUCCCGAAAUACCAUAUUUGAGUGUUAUUGGAGCGUUAAUGUAUUUGGCUAAUAAUACACGACCAGAUAUUGCUUUUUCUGUAAAUUUAUUAGCCAGGUACAGUUCUUCUCCGACAAGAAGACAUUGGAAUGGCGUCAAACAUAUAUUCCGCUAUCUCAAUGGUACAAUCGAUCUUGGAUUGUAUUUCAAGAAUGGUGCAAAUGCCACUUUAAUUGGCUAUGCCGAUGCAGGAUACUUGUCUGACCCACAAAAGGCAAAAUCACAAACAGGAUAUGUAUUCACCUAUGGUGAUACCGCUAUCUCAUGGAGAUCAAUGAAGCAAACAUUAACUGCCACAUCAUCAAAUCAUGCAGAAUUAAUUGCUCUUUAUGAAGCAGGUCGAGAAUGUGUCUGGUUGAGAUCAAUGAUCCAGCACAUACAAAAUGAAUGUGGUAUAAAAUCUUUUACUUGUAAUCCUACUGUGAUUUAUGAAGAUAACACAGCAUGUAUAGCUCAGAUCAAAGGAGGUUACAUCAAAGGGGAUAGAACAAAGCAUAUAGCACCAAAACUUUUCUCCACACAUGAUCUUGAGAAAGAAGGAACAGUUGACGUCAAACAAAUCAAGUCCUGCGACAACCCUGCUGAUUUAUUCACAAAGUCAUUAGCACCGAAGAAAUUUGAAGAACUGGUCCACAAAAUUGGAAUGUGUCGUCUUCGAGAUAUAUGUUAAAUUGAGGGGGAGUAAUAUAAUGCACUGCACUCUUUUUCCCUUCGCCAGGAUUUUAUCCCACUGGGUUUUUCCUGACAAAGGUUUUUAACGAGACAGUACAUUAUAAUACUAUGAUACUAAUACCCUAGAAUAAUUAGAAGAUGACCAUUCAAGGGGGAGUGUUGAAAUAUAUUGAAUUAGUCAUCUUCCAACUAUUUCUGAUUAGGAAUACUUAUCACCAUUGUAUAAAUAAUUAGGAAAUCAUAAUUAUGAUUCUAGAUGAUAAUUGUGUGGUUCACAAUUAUCCUCUAAUCCUAAUAAGCUUAGCUUUUCUCCUAUAAAUAGGAGUCUUCUCCAUUGUAAUCAACACACCUUCAUUACACCAUUAUCACACUCUCUAAUACACCUCUAUCACUAAGUGUUCUACUAUACUUUCUCUCCCUGAUCUUCUGCUCAUUUCCUUCCAUAUUAUAACA